GUACGCUGCAGUGGCGCUAGUGAGUUAAGCAUCAUUAUAGAAGCACGGCAGAAAUGUACGGCAUUGUUUAUUUUGCGUGCUCGUUUAAACGCUGAAACUAUCCUCGCCGUUCAUUAUCAACCCCAGAAAUACAACAAUCCUGCUCUUCGUUUCCUCUGUCAGUCAUCGCUUGGCGCUGGAGCUGCUGUCGUCCUUUAAGAAAGGUGUUAAUGCUGUUAUUUGUGUAGAGUGAGGUGCGCGCGCGUCUCAAGAAGCCCCAGGAGGACUGUACACGUUUUUAAAUGGAAAUAUUUUAAUAUUUAUCUAAAUGCACGGUACAAUAAGUGUUAUAUCCUACUGACAGCUGAUAACGUUCGCAUUAUACCGCCGCCGUCGCUUCCCAAUAUCUGGAUAAGCUCCACACUGGACCACGCAUCUGAGGUGUGUUUGAUGUCCUCGUGAGGAAGCCGAGCAGAAGAUGUGGGUGAACCCUGAGGAGGUGUUGCUGGCCAGCGCGCUGUGGAUGACAGAGAGAGCGAAUCCCUACUUCAUCCUGCAGAAGAGAAAGGGCCACGGAGACGGCGGAGGAGGACUCGCAGGUCUGCUGGUUGGUACUCUUGACGUGGUGCUGGACUCGAGCGCCCGUGUGGCCCCGUACAGGAUCCUCUACCAGACCCCUGAUUCCCUGGUUUACUGGACCAUCGCACACGGGAGCUCUCGUAGGGAGAUCACGGAGAACUGGGAAUGGCUGGAGCAGAAUCUGCUGCAGACGCUCUCCAUCUUCGAGAACGAGAACGACAUCACCACCUUCGUCAAGGGCAAAAUACAGGGCAUUAUAGCCGAAUACAACAAAAGCCAUGAUAUCAGAGAGGAUGACGACACGGAUAAGUUUAAGGAGGCCAUCGCUAAGUUUCGCAAGCUCUUCGUCAUGCCGGAGGAGGAGAAGCUGGUCAACUAUUACUCCUGCAGCUACUGGAAGGGCAAGGUGCCGCGGCAGGGCUGGCUGUACCUCAGCAUCAACCACCUCUGCUUUUACUCAUACCUGCUCGGGAAAGAGGCUAAGCUGGUGAUCCGCUGGGCUGACGUGACUCAGCUGGAGAAGAGCGCCACGCUGCUGCUUCCAGACAUGGUGCGUGUCAGCACACGCUGCAGCGAGCACGUCUUCUCCGUCUUCAUCAACAUCAACGAGACCUUCAAACUCAUGGAGCAGCUCGCCAACAUAGCCAUGAGACAGCUGCUGGACAACAAGGGCUUCGAGCAGGACCGCUCUCUGCCCAAACUCAAGAAGAAGUCGCCCAAGAAAGUGUCGGCCCUCAAAAGGGAUCUGGACGCCAGGGCUAAAAGCGAGCGAUACCGUGCACUUUUCCGCCUGCCGAAAGACGAGAAGCUGGACGGUCACACAGACUGCACACUGUGGACCCCCUUCAACAAGAUGCACAUCCUCGGACAGAUGUUCGUCUCCACUAAUUACAUCUGCUUCACCAGUAAAGAGGAGACCACCUGCAGUCUGAUUAUCCCACUCAGAGAGGUGACCAUCGUGGAGAAAGCUGAUAGCUGUAACGUCCUUCCCAGCCCCUUGUCGAUCAGCACCAAAAACAAAAUGACCUUCCUCUUCGCCAACCUCAAAGACCGGGACUUCCUGGUGCAGAGGAUCUCAGACUUCCUGCAGCAGACCUCCUCCAAAAUCUACUUUGAGCGGGAAAUCACGGGCAGCCUCAGCAGCUCAGACGACGAGGUGUGCUCUCAGCAGGGCAGUGUGUUGUCCUGUAGUCCCCAGCGCAGCGCUCUCGGCUCUGAAGGGGACAGUGACAGACAGUUCAAUCUCAAUGAUAACAGGGUUCCCACUGCGACACAAGCCCUGAUGACCAUGUACCGCCGGCGCUCCCCCGAGGAGUUCAACCCCAAACUGGCUAAAGAGUUUCUGAAGGAGCAGGCCUGGAAGAAUCACUUCACCGAGUUCGGCCAGGGAGUGUGUAUGUACCGCACGGAGAAGACCAAAGAGCUGGUGCUGCAGGGCAUCCCGGACAACAUGAGAGGAGAGCUCUGGCUCCUGUUUUCUGGGGCGAUUAAUGAGAUGGCCACUCAUCCUGGUUAUUAUGAGGACCUGGUGGAGAAGUCGAUGGGGAAGUAUAAUCUGGCCACCGAGGAGAUCGAGAGAGACCUGCACCGCUCUCUUCCUGAGCAUCCAGCCUUUCAGAACGAGAUGGGCAUCGCUGCCCUGCGUCGAGUCCUCACUGCGUACGCCUUCCGCAACCCCAACAUCGGCUACUGCCAGGCCAUGAACAUCGUGACCUCCGUCCUGCUGCUGUACGCUAAAGAGGAAGAGGCCUUCUGGCUGCUGGUGGCCUUAUGUGAGCGCAUGCUUCCCGACUACUACAACACCAGAGUCGUAGGUGCUCUGGUGGACCAGGGUGUGUUCGAGGAGCUGGCUCACGUCUACGUUCCUCAGCUGUACGACUGCAUGCAGGCUCUGAGUGUCAUCUCCACCAUCUCUCUGUCCUGGUUCCUCACGCUCUUCCUGUCCGUCAUGCCCUUCGAGAGCGCCGUGGUGGUGGUCGACUGCUUCUUCUACGAGGGCAUCAAGGUCAUCUUCCAGCUAGCGCUGUCGGUGCUCGACGCUAACAUCCAUCAGCUGCUGAGCUGCAAAGAUGACGGAGAGGCCAUGACCAUCCUGGGCAGGUAUCUGGACAGCGUGACCAAUAAGGACAGCACUCUUCCUCCAAUCCCUCAUCUUCACUCUCUCCUGACGGAUAACGGCGAGCCUCAUCCCGAGGUGGACAUCUUCAAACUGGUGCGCAGCUCCUAUGAGAAGUUCGGCUCCAUCCGGGCGGAUGUGAUUGAGCAGAUGCGUUUCAAACAGAGGCUGAGAGUGAUCCAGGCCAUUGAGGACACCACCAAACGCAAUGUGGUGCGCACCAUCGUGACGGAGACACCCUUCAGCAUCGAUGAGCUGGAGGAGCUCUAUACACUCUUUAAGGCUGAGCAUCUGACCAGCUGUUAUUGGGGCAGCACCAGUAACCCCAUGAGCCGGCACGACCCGAGCCUGCCGUACCUGGAGCAGUACCGCAUGGAUCUGGAGCAGUUCAAAGUGCUGUUUGCGCUGCUCUUCCCCUGGGCCUGCGGCACACACACAGACGACCUGGCCCUGCGCGUCUUCCGUCUGCUCGACCACAACGCAGACGCACUCAUCAACUUCAGAGAGUUCAUCUGCGGCCUCAGCGUCCUGUGUCAUGGUGACCUGACGGAAAAACUCAAAUUUCUGUAUAAGAUUCACGUACUUCCAGAGUUGCAUCAUGAGCAGGAGGAGCCCGACUCGGCGUGUGAAGCCACGCAGUAUUUUUUUGAGGACAUCACCCCAGAGACCUCCAGCGGCCUCGAACAGAAGAACAGAGCCGAGAAGGAUGAAGGUUUUGUAGGAGUCACCUUUAAAAGUGAAAGAGUAAAGAAAAUGCAGACUCCAGAUUACCGCACGUACAUGCGCCUGUGGAACCAGGAGACCAAAGAAAAGUUAGAGAACAUGAAGGACCUGCCCAAACUCAACCAGAGUCAGUUCAUCGAGCUGUGCAAGACUCUCUACAACAUGUUCAGUGAAGACCCCAGCGAGCAGGAGCUGUAUCACGCCACGGCCACGGUCACCAGCCUGCUGCUGGAGAUGGGAGAGGUGGGCAAGCUCUUCUCUAGUCCGGCUCACAAGACAGACGAGGAGAACGAGGACGAGCGCAUGCCUGUCCCGAGCAAGAGCAAGCAGGAGCGCCAUCAGCCGGAGGACUCCUCGCCCAAAGACACGGCCACGUCCUGCGCCAUGCUCCUCUCCGACGACGACACCUCGGUGUCCUCCUACUCCGUCCUGAGCGCCGGCUCGCACGAGCUUCAGUGCGAGGACAUCGCUGAGGACACCGUGCUCAUACGCAGCGGCGCAGCGGCCGCCGGGCAUCAUGGGAGGAGGGCCGGUUUGCCUCACAGCGUCAGCGUCGAUAAGGACUGGGCCAUCACGUUUGAGCAGUUCCUGGCCUCGGUGCUCACCGAACAAGCUCUGGUGCAGUACUUUGAGAAACCUGUGGAGAUCGCCGCGCGAAUAACCAACGCCAAGAACGUCCGCAAGGUGGGACACCAACACAUGUCCCUCAGUGACUACGAGAUCUCGCUAUCGGGCUAAAAACUGUUACAGGAGUAGUUAUCCAAAACACAAGAUUUGGACCUCGAUUACUCACUUUUAUGUUAAUGCUAGUUUCUCCAUACAAUCUCUGUCGAGCGAAAACAUGACAAGAAGCACCAUAAAAAUAGACUUGGACACUACACAGUGAGCUUUCUGAAGCCAUACGCUAGCAACUUGAACAAACAACAAACCUCACAUUUUAUGAUGUUUAUGAUGUUUCUUUUGUGAUGUUUCAUGGUCAGCUUGAAAUGUUAUAUGCACUGUUUGAUUUUAUUAUGCAGCAAACAGUUCCACACAAAAAACACUGAAUUAGUGUGAUUUUGCUGUUUCCUGCAGUAAAUCUCAAUAUCAAACGACGUGAUAUAAGACUUAUUCACUACGUAUUGAGUUUUUUUAAGCCAUAUGCUAUCCGAUAAUGACUUAGAUUUAGUGCGUUUCUCACACAAACCUAUUUUACCUACUUUAGAUGUUUUGUAAUAAUCACAUUAGCCACUUUUAUGAUGCUUCAUUGUCAUUUUUUGGAGCUGGAAAUCUUCCUCAGGAGGUCAAAGUGUUUUAUUUGACAUUUUAUGCAAGGCUUGCAACUUUUUCACCCCCCCCCCAAAAACCCCUAAUUGAUGUAUUUUCACUGUUUUCUAGCAGUGAACCUAAACGUCCAAUGAAAUAACAUACUUGUGCACUAUAUAAAUGUGUUUUCUGAAGCCAUAAGCUAGCAAAUAAUGGCUUAAUUUUCAGUGUGUUUCUCACAAAACCUGUUUUAGAUGUUUAUUGCCCAUUUAUAUGAUGUUUUAGUGUCCUUUCUGGAGCUUGAAAUCUCCUUUCCCCAUUGAAUGGAAAUGAGCAGCCUGGACAUUCGGCUAAAUAUCUCCUUUUGUGUUCUACCUUAAGAAACGCAGGUCUGGAACGACACAUAAAUCAGCAAAUGAUGACAGAACUUUUAUUUUUGGCAGACUGUCCCUUUAACUAAAUCUAAUCUGAUCUCUUGAAACUUCAGCUCGUUAGUGAGCGGACAGUAACGAGUUUUCCCAGACGCUUGUCUUUGAUCUGAGGACAGAAGGACUGUGAUGUGAGCUUUUUACCUGUACAAAGUCUGAGAGGACCUGUUGUAUACUACGAUGCGCUUGAUGUACUUUAUAUACAGAAAUGGUUACUAAUAAUAUCUAAUACAGUUAGAUGUUUAUCAUAGUGUUUAGAUUAGCUCACUAGUCCUGAUUGGGAUAAAACACAUCCUUUAAUCUGUAUUAUUGUUUUAAGUUCCAAUAAAAGUAUCUAAAUCUCUUUAAAAUAUAAAUAUAUAUUAAGUGACUUAAGAAGCAAACUGUGUGCAAGAAUCCUCAGUGGGGGAAACUUAAUUUAAAUAUUUAUGCUAAAAAAUAUCAGUACAUUUAUUACGCCAUUUAUAUGGAGUUGCUUCUCAAGUGUCUUCUCAAGAUUUAGAUAUCUUUGCUUUGAAAUGAGACGUAAAUACAGAUUAAGAUAAUACUUUAGGUUGUUUUUUGUACAGGUGUUUAGUGUUUACAAGGAUAGUGUGUGAUAUUUAACACUGGGAGCUUAGAUGUGUCUGGGAUUGAUCUGUUAUUUCCCAGGUUUCUCGUUUCUCUCUCCCUCUCUCGGUUCCUUGCACCUGCACUUUGGGUUUUUCUUCUUGCGCUGAAAUGUCAGAUAUGAAUCGGCUGAGAGGCGACGCAGUCCAGCUGUGUUUGAUAUCUGUCUGCUGAAGACCGAUUGUGUACAGUUUUUAUGUUAUUUUACCGUGUUCCCACCAGGCAUGUGGCAUGUCUGUGCACCUUCUCGUAAGUUAUUGUUUGAUUGUUUAGUUUUUUUUUUAAAUAGACGAGUUUCUACUGUAUUUCAUGCUGCUGUUUUAAAGUUUACGUUUUAAUGUGAAUGGUUCAAAUCGACUUGUAAAUGAUUGAGUUCACUUCCAGCAAUUAAAAGUUUAAAUGGAAAUAUCCUGUCCCUGUUA